AUGUUUUUACACAGUCCCACGAAACAUUUAACCGUACAUGCAGCUGUACCAAAUUUGGUGCGCAUAAAAUUUCUCGUUUUUCCUCGUUUUGCAAAACUGAACCCGUCUAAUCGGACUUUGAAGUUACGCCUAGCUGUCAGGCUAGUGAAGUCUUGUUUCUUCGCCUGCUCCGCUUCACUCGCGAGUCGUAACUGCAUCCUGCCGUUGGCACAUGCUUUCACAUCCAUCCCCAGCUCCGACUGUACACUUCAGGCCUCGUACUACCACUGCCUGAGCCUGCCUGCUUGCUUGGAGCGGAUACCGAGAAGGAAAGAUUAA